AUGGCCUUCCUCGCGUCCUUCUUGCGGACGCUGACGCUCGCCUUCGCGGCGUUACAUUUUUUGGACCCGGCACCGCUGGGCCGGGGCCCGCGCGCGCCGCGCGUCGACCCGCGCCAGUGCGCCACGCGCUCCAAGGAGCGCGCGGCGCGCGCGGCGCUCUGGCAGCGCGCGAAGGCGAACACCUGGGCGCGCCUCACGAGCUUUUAUGAAGGCAUCAAGGCGGAGCUCGCGCGGCGGUCCCGAUGCUGGGCCGCGGCGCCGGAUUUGAUUCCGGCCGCGCGGUGCUUCUGGCGCGCGGAGCUGCCGCUCCCUCCGUCCGACGAGGAGAGGCGGUCCGUGCGGGAGUUGCUGCGGUUCGCCAAUAUUACGGGGAAGCUGGCCCGCGAGACGAAGCGCGACGUCUUCCGGAAGAUGCGAGACGAGGACCUAGCCCGGAGGGGGGCGCGCGCGUCGCAGCUCUCGCCCGACUACGAGGCGGCGACGACGGAAGUAUGGCGCCAUAUCAGAGCGACGCCCCGCGGCGCGCCCAACACUACGGACGUGCGGGCCUGGGCGGACAAAGUCGGCGAGUGGGGUCCUGAAUGGCUCGCGACCUUCGCUCAGCGCUCCAACGCAACCCUCUUGGAGGACAAGCAAGCCAUCGCCGCCGCGGAGCUCGCGUUCCACCUCUUCGACCCGGGCCUGCAGCUCAAGGUGACGACGAACCUCACAAAAUUGUCCGAAGCGCUCGCGCGGCCCUUCAAUGGGGACUACGCGCCCGUCCGGUUAGGUGUGAUACCUCUGCGGGGUCGUAGACAGCGAUUGUUCGCGGGCUGGGCGCUCCUGCGCAUGAUGGAUCGCGGCGGCGACGCGCGGGACGCGGCCUACGAGGCGUUGAAGAGUCACGCCGGGUCCGUCGCCGAGAGCGUUUUGGACCCGCUGACGCAGUUAGUGGCUCUCCACAUGAUCACGCACCUGUCGCAGGACGACGAGGCGGCGAAGUGGAUGGCCAUCCUGUUUCCCUCUAAACAACUGUGCGCGGCGCUCGAGGGUUACCUUUUCGACGGCCACGGCGAAUGCCGUCGUGAGGAAUGGUCUCGCAGUGACGAAGAGAAGGUCUGGCUGCUGGAAGCCGGGUAUAGGGCCGUCUGGGGCCUCGCUUCUAACAGUGGAGCUAUGGCGGAGCACUGCGGCCGCGGCCUCGUCGCGGCCAUCACGCAGCCGGGGCGGGACUUUUUUCGAGAACGGGAGCGCGCCGUGGCAUUAACUGGCGACGCGUCGGCGCUGACGGCCUACGACUACGAGGCCGCCACUAUCAGAAAUGCGGCCUUCGCGCUGCGCAUACUAGCUAGAAAUGACAAAGCGCGGCGCCACGUCGCGCUUCAGUUAAGCUUACCGGAAGCGGCGACGAUCGGCGAUAUUGAUGAGGCCAUCAUGGUGGCCUCCGGGGCCGACGCGGCCUCGGGCCUGGAGAGCGCCUUUGCGUUUGUCGGACGGACGGUGCCGCCGUUCUUGCGGCGGGACGCGCAACGGGCGGUGGCGCGGACGCGCGUGGCCUGGCACCACCCGGCGCACGCUGCGCCGGCCGUCUACGGGUCCUUGACGGUUGAGUUGCUCGCGGCGGGCUUACUGCGGGCGUCUUGGUUGCGUCCGUUCCUCGGGAACGAGGCGACGGCGUCCUUAGUGAAGCGGGCGAACGAGCAGGCGCUGUUCUCGGCCGAGGCGCCGAAGCCGGCUUCGAAGCCGGCCGUGGCGUUGAUCCGAUGCGGCAAGGAUAAGGUCGCCGAGACGUGCGAGGCGUGCCUCUCGCACCAAGGCAUGUGCGCCGGCGACUGCACACUUGGGGGCUACUUGUCCUUUUCACAAACGAAUAUGGACUUAUGGACCGAGGUACACCCCGAAUGGUCCUACGAGGACUAUGACCGCGCGGUCCAGGCGCGCUGGGACGCCCUAGACGAGGACGGCAAACGGAUCUUCGGCCGAGAUGGCGUCUGCGAGCCGCAGCCCGUGCUGGUCGACUGCGGCGGCGCCCAAGGCCUGGUCGCGGAGUCGUGCGAGGCGUGCGGGGCGCGCCACGGUAUGUGUACAGGUGCCUGUCACUGGGUUCUGCCGGAAACUCCAAAACCCCCGAAUUGGCUCCAACGGAAAGCCGCGGAACUCGGUGCGUAUAACCGGAAAAAUGCGCCGGGGGUUUACCGCGCAUUCGAGUCCGUGGGCCUCGGCGGGUCGGACCGGCUGUACGGACAGCCCGACGCGAAGCAAGAGUGCCCCGCCGGGGAAGGCGCCGACGGCGAGUGCCUGUCGACACGCGUCUGCGCGCCGAUCCCCUUCCCGCAAAAACCGGAAGAAGACACCUGGGCCAAGGCCAAGCAGGGCUUGUCACUCUUCGGCAAGGCCGCAGGCCAGUUCAUCAGAGAGACGUGGCCCGCUCUACUUAUCUUAGCUAUCAUAGCCUUCAUACUAAUCUCCCAAAGAACAGUAAUACAACAUGUGCUCCACAAGAUGUCAGAAACGUUCUUUGAGCUCUACAUCAUCGCCUUGACCGAUGCUUGUGUGAGGCACGCGCUGCUCAUGGGCGUCGCUAUCAUUGCCUGGAUGCGAGUGGGCGCGCCGUGGCUCCCGUUCAUCUUCGCGCCGGUAUUUUAUGGUACUCUGUUGCCUCUAUGGUUUUUACUAGCUUGUUGGUUGCUCGUAUGCGUGGUAGUACCGGUCUGGGCGGCGCAUACGAUGCAUAGAUUUGGAAGAGCUUGUUAUGAUGCGUUCAAGCGGCGACGAGCGUCACGAAGAGCGGCGCGCGACGGCCGCAACGCUUUGCAUGAAGGUCGCGAUGGAGUCGAGGCCGUGCUGGCCGGCGCGCUGGAUGCACAAGGGCCACCACCAGGAGCGAUCCAUUUAAGAAUACGAUGCAACGGGGAGGUUGUGUACUUUAAGGUAGGGCUCCAGGUGUCGAUCGGUGCGGUCUUCGAGGCCUUUGCGGAACGGAAGCGCGUUGGGGUCGAGGCGUUGCGGUUCCGCGUCGAAGGUGCUGAUAGCGAUGUGAGUGAUACGGUCCCUACCGUCGGUCAGCUGGGUUUCGCCAAUUUAAUUUUGAUCGACUGCUUUGUCCGCGAGACUGCGGUCUCGGCGGAGGAGGAGCGGCGGCGCAUGGCGGCGGCCGACGCGGCGUCGAGGCCGAUGAACGCGGCCGUGGUCGUCGCGACGCCGGAGGAGCUCGCCGCGAUCGCGGAGCGGCGCGACGAGCGGCGCGCCGUCGAGGCCGGGCGGCGCGCGGUGGCCGCCGCCGCGGCGGAGCGGCGCGCGGCGGCCGGCGCCGAGGAGACCAAGGACGGCGAGGCGCCGGCCGCCGCGCCUGAGGCGGCCGACGCGGCGGCGGCUGCCGAGCUCGACCCCACCGUCGCGGCUUUACUGGCGCACGUCGGCCUCGCGCGCCUCGCGGCCGACUUCGCGCGCGAGCAGAUCGACGCGACGAACAUUAAGGACGUCGCGGUCCAAGAUCUAGUGGGCCCGCCAUUGAACCUCGCGCCCGACGACGCGCGACGACUCGUGGAAGCGGUGGCCCGCGCGGCGGCUCUCCGGGCGUACCUCGACCGCGCGGAGCUCGGCCACUUGGCGGUGGCGUUGGGUGAUAGGACCGUCGAGUCGCUCGCCCAUCUAACGGCCGAAGAACUGGCCGCGCUAGGCGCCGACGACGCCCAGCGAUUACGAGACGCGAUCCGCGACCGCCCGCCGGGCCUCCACGACUCCCUCGAAAGAGUCGAGGCCGCCGUGGAUCAAGUAGCUGCCGAUUUACACGCGCAGGGCGCGGCGCAGUGGGCCGAUUUAGCUGCAGACGUCGCCGCGGAGGCCUCGGACGCCAUUAAGGGUUGCGCGUCGACUCUAUUAUUUGUCAUUAGUGUCGCGUUGGUGGCGCCCCUGAUAGCGAUGUGCACGGCUUUGUACAUCUUGACCCUGGAGAUCGCACUCGAUAGCAUUGAUCACGUACUGUGCUCAUAUACGAACGACGUCCACGUCUGGCAACAGGCUCUAGGAAACGCGUGCAACGCUAUAUUUGUCUUGACGCUCGCCGGGCCACUACUACAAGCAGAGAGGCGCAUGGUCGCGCGCGUGCAAGUUAUGGCGGCGCUGGGACCUCUCUUGAGGUGUAUAGAUUCACUCAAACAUAGAUUGACGCGGCGCGCGGUCGAACGACGAGAGGUGAAUGACGGCGACGUCUGCCCCAUCUGCCACGAGGAACUUACGGAUCAAGAGAUGGGUCCGCUCGCGUUCUGUCGGUGGGGGUGUGGCCGGGCGGUGCACGACGAGUGCGCCAAAUUAUGGCUGACGAAGUCGGACUCGUGCGUGCUCUGCGGCGCGGCGUGGUCCUGAUCGUGUUCGUCGCCGCGCCGUCGACGCGGCGUCGGUGGCGUGCCGCAGAGUAGCUACGCGCCCGCCCCACGCCGUCGCCGCAAAGGCCCCGCGACGGACGCCGGCAACGCGCCUUGCGGGAGGCCUGUACUAUAAGUGUUGAAAGAUAUUAAUUACUCGACUCGUAGAUGCGGAGUAGUGGCAUGAAUUCUCGCCAGGCGCGUCGCCUGCGCUAGCCAGCGCCGGCGCAAGCAGCAAAAAUCGCGAAGGG